CUGAAAGGAGCAGCAGGGUUGAUCGCUGAGCACAAGAAAAUACUCCAAAAAUACACUGUGUACCAAAAACAGAGUGAGAAUGUAUUCACAGUGGGUCUGGAUCACUCUCUGCAUACUCUGUCCAACCACAGCAUAUGGAGGGAAAGUUCUUGUUUUCCCAGUCGAUGGAAGUCACUGGGUAAACAUGAACAUCAUCGUUGAGGCCCUGCACGCACGGGGUCACCAGAUUACUGUUGUUCGAUCACCAGACAGCUGGUACAUCAAGGAAACCUCCCCGUUGUACACUUCAGUCACACUUGAAAUGGACUCUGGAUUUGAUGAAGACUUCAUGAAGGCUUUUGUUGCUGAUAUGCUGAAGAUACAAAGGGAGGGGAGGUCUGCUUGGGCACGCUUUAAGCUAGAAAUGCAACAAGCACAAGGAGCUGCCGAGUUUCAUAAGAUGACGUCCAAAAUGGUUGAGAAGCUUUUUGAAAACAAGGAACAGAUGCAGAUACUACAGGAAGCCAAAUAUGACCUUGUCCUCACAGACCCUGCAAUUCCAGCAGGUAUUUUACUUGCACACUACCUGAAGUUGCCCCUUGUUUUAAACGUCAGAUGGACAACUCAUGGGGAAGGCCAUUUGUCAAUCGCACCCUCUCCUCUCUCUUAUGUACCACUGACAGGGACAGAGCUUUCAGAUAAGAUGAGCUUUUUUCAGAGAGUUCUUAAUGUUCUUGUUUUUGGAUUUUCAGAGUUUCAAAUAGCACACUUUAUUUUACCACAUUAUGAUGACUUAAUAAACAAGUAUGUAGGUCCUGAUGUAGACUAUCGUUCCCUGUUUCAAGCUGCUGACUUGUGGCUCAUGAGAGUGGACUUUGUCUUUGAGUUCCCGCGUCCCACCAUGCCUAAUGUCAUAUACAUGGGAGGCUUUCAGUGUAAACCUGCAAAACCUCUCCCUGAACACCUGGAGGAGUUUGUGCAGAGUUCUGGAGAGCAUGGAGUCAUCAUCAUGUCUCUGGGGACACUGAUUGGGGAGCUUCCUCAGGAUCUCAGUGACGCAAUUGCUGCAGCUUUUGCCAAGCUACCUCAGAAAGUCAUCUGGAGACACAAAGGUGACAAACCAGCUGGUCUGGGCAACAACACUCUGCUGGUGGACUGGAUGCCACAGAAUGAUCUUUUGGGACAUCCAAAGAUUAAACUCUUUGUGGCUCAUGGAGGAACAAAUGGGGUCCAAGAAGCAUUGUACCACGGAGUUCCCAUCUUAGGCAUUCCACUGAUUUUUGAUCAGCGUGAUAAUCUGUUCAGAAUUGAAUCGAGAGGAGCAGGGAAGAUCAUAGAUAUUGCUACCUUAAAUGGAGAAAUCUUCUACAAAGGAAUCCAGAAAGUCCUGACUGAUCCCUCCUACAGGAUGAACAUGCAGAGACUCUCCAGGCUGCACAGAGAUACUCCCAUGAAGCCACUGGACAACGCCCUCUUCUGGAUAGAGUUUGUCAUGAGACACAAAGGUGCAGCUCACCUGAGAACAGAGUCCUAUAAGAUGCCCUGGUAUGCCUACCACUCAGUUGAUGUCAUUUUAUUCCUGACUGGAGUUUUGCUUCUUAUACUUGUAAUUUCUUUCACUCUUUUCAGGUGUCUGUUAAAUAAAAUGUGUAAGAAUAAAGUGAAAAGGGAGUAAUUAGUCAAGGGAUAUGCAAU